AUGGCUGGAGGAACCAGCAUUUGGAUCAGCAGUGAAGCAAAGACUGAUCCGCGAGAGAUAUUCAAUCUCAGACUUCUCUACCUCCUUGUCGCAGUCGCCUGGGGAGGAUCCUUCUAUGGAUUUGAUACUGGAAACAUUGGCGGAAUCCUCACACUUCCCUCUUUCAAGAAUGCCUUUGGCCUGAACGAUGUCCCCCAGGCGGAGCAAGAUAACAGAAAGGGAACCAUCGCCUCCAUGCUCGCCGCGGGCGGUUCAGCUGGUGCUUUACUCGCCGCCCCUACAUCUGAUUACAUCGGCCGAAAAUGGUCAGUAUUCGGCUGGGGUCUCAUAUUCGUCAUCGGUGCCGCGAUGCAGAUGGUUGCGGACUAUGAUGUGCUCCUCGCUGGCCGAUUCAUCGCUGGCAUGGGUGUUGGUGCAUCAUCCAUGCUCACACCCCAGUUCCUCGCGGAAAACUCGCCAAAGUCAGUUCGAGGAUCGAUGACUGCUACAUACAACCUGAUGAUUGUGACAUCUCUGAUGUUGGCUUUCUGGGUGAAUUACGGCGUCGCAAAGUGGUCAUUCCCUGGAGUUGAGUAUGAUGACAUGCAGUGGAGAACAGCAAUGGGCAUUCAAAUCAUCCCGGGUGGGCUUCUGUGUUUGAUGAUUCCCUUUGUUCCAGAAACACCCCGGUACUUGAUCAAUCAUGGCAAGACCGAGGAAGGACUCAAAAAUAUUUGCAAGCUGCGAAAGCUUCCCGCAGAUCAUGAAUACGUUCAAACGGAAUACCGUGAGAUCAUGGCUCAGGUCCGCCAUGAGCAGGAGGCAUUCCAAGGCCACAACUACUGGGUAGUGCUCAAAGAUGUCUUCUCGACGCGAAGCAACUUCCAACGCUUCUUCCUUUGCAUCAUGCUGUUUCUAUUUCACAAGUUUACCGGUACCGACUCUUUGAAUUACUAUGCCCCGGAGAUCUUCGAGAUGAUCGGCGUCAAAGGCGGCUCUACCAGUCUUCUCACCACUGGUGUCUACGGUGUUGUGAAAACUGCCGUGUCACUUCUAUAUGUAGGAUAUCUAGUCGAUCGCAUCGGUCGUCGGCUUCCUCUGUUGGUCGGGGCUACUCUACAAGCCACAUCCAUGCUAUACCUUGCCCUCUACCUUCGCUUUGCGGGAGCGAGCACAAGCAGCCCUGGAAACGGUACACCCGCUGGCGGGAUCGUUGGUAUUAUCUUCAUUUAUGUCUACGCCUUUGGAUGGUCGUUUGGACAUUCUGUUGCCUGCUACGUGGUAGCAGCUGAGGUGUUCCCCACCAGAAUCCGAUCUUUCUGCAUGUCCAUUUGCUUCUUCGUUAAUUGGAUUGUGGACUACGGAAUCACACGUGCUACACCUAACAUGAUUACAGAAAUGGGAUGGGGCACAUUCCUCCUGUAUGCUAUGCUAACAUAUUCGGGUGUCAUAUUCAUCUAUUUCUGCUUGCCAGAGAUGAAAGGCCGCUCGAUGGAGAGUAUGGAUGAUUUAUUCGAGCGACCAUUAUGGACCAUGUGGAAACACGCAUACCCCACAGAAGAAGAGAAAGUGAGGCGCGAUGUCCGAGAGGACAUUCUGACGGGAAAGCCUCCAGCAUUGGACGACAGCGACAAGACCCACCGUGUGGAGCACGUUGAGACGGCCUAG